AUGGUGUCGCCUCCGGUGGCCGGUCGCUACGCUCUGUACAAGGAGGGAACAGUCCGCAUUGUCUGCUGGCUUAAGACCGAGGCCUCUCACAUCAGUGAAGCGGUGGUCAAUGGCCUGUUUGAAGGUAAAUCGUGCGCAAGAGAUCUCAUCGUGCUUGCCACUGCCGUCUCCUGUGCUCAGACUGUUAUCGACAUUCCGGGCAGGAGAGUGGAGCUACUGGAUGAGUUUGUCGAAGCCCGGGCGGAGUUUGCAACGUGGUGGUCUACGCAGCCCGCUGAUUCAUCUGUCAAGGCCGACAAUCUGACCCAUCAGCACUUCAUCAAGAUUCUAGGAGAGGUUCGCAAGUUCCUACUACAUGCGAGGACGCGGCAAAGGGGUACAAUGAUGGCACGACACCAAGAUGAUGUAGCGACAGCUCAUCGCACCCAGACUGUAGAUCCACUGCAACGGAUUGAUAACAAUGGCAUCGGCCAAAUCCACGGUAUCUUCUUUCAUCUUGAGCUUAACGAGCCGUCCCAGAACCCGUUAGGCAGCGAGCCUCAGCGAUACAUUUCCUCCACCAAGGAUACCAACAACCUCGGAAUGGAUGCACGGACCGAGAAGGCGUUGCACUGUGGUGCUUCUUACAUGACUGCGGCGAUCCUGAGUGUCCUUGCAGCGAGCAUGACAACAGAGGUUGCUUUCGGAAUGAUGCGCCGAGCUGACAACGAGCUGGCUACUGUGUAUCCCGACUUCAGGAAUGCUGACCUUGUCGUUGACUAUCUCGGCUACCGACUGGACUGUCGUGGCCCGGCGCCAGCACUCAUUUCGCGCAAGCUUGCGCGUCGUGCGUUUGAAACCUCGUUGUGUAAGGAGCUACUGUUUCCUGGGGCACAGUUCAUACUUUGGUGCCACCUACAGGAGUGUAAGUUCUCGGCAGACAAACCGGCUUAUUUCGAAGCGUCUCAGAAAUCUGGUGACGCCGCGAUAUCCACUUCAACACUUGCCGCAACCGUGUCUACAGGGCGUACGAAGAAGGUCAACAGCGCGUCCCACACUAUGCAUCCUCUAGUGCGCGUGGAAGGCUUCGUGAAGUACGAUGCACUGCGUUACUGCGUGUUUCCCCUGUGGGCGGAACGCUUCAGAUACCUCAUUCUCGAACUGAUGCAGUUCAUCGAUGCCUUGGGGCCGAAGCCAAGCUCCAAGGGUGAUGGCAUGUUCUGGAUCCACGGAUCUGACGAGUUCUCGGUUGGCUUGCGUGACCUGAAGGACAGUUCAGAAAGAGAAAGUGGUUGACCGUCGCGUGUCAAAAUCUGAUGGACAACUUUGUAAUCACCUUGCAGCAGCCCUGUCUUCAUUCGUCCGAGCUGAAGAAAAGCAUGUCGCAUUGCGAUUUGAAUUGUUGGCAACAUCGAGAGGCUUCUAGAUGGUGGUGAGGCCAAGAAAGUUAGGCAGAGUAGGAAUGAGGUAGCAGACGAUGUCCAUCGUUUCGCUAAUGCAAUGGAACUGCCCGAGGAGACCCAGUCAGGCUACAGCAUAGGCUCGACUAUCGACUACCGGAAUGGGAAGGUACAAAAGGCAGCGA